AACAGAAUAGCUGUUAGCAGAGAACAGCUGUAGGAGGUGAGAAGAGUCAUUCUGAUACACUAAUCCAAGUCGAAAUGUAAUCAAAUAAAGACAAACUUUCUAAACAUUUUUAAAUUAGUUUUUAUUUUUACCUGCUUGGGGAGUGACGACCUCCUUGAACUACCCCUGUGAACUCUUAGGACUUUAGCUGCUUUCAAGUGCUUCACGUAACCUUCUACAUCAGACAAUCAAAACACCUGAGAAAAUGACCUGAUGCACAAUUAUGCGGUUUGGUCAUUGAUAAUAAUAAUGAUCUAAAUAAUUAUAAUAAUAACAACAACAAUAACAUUAAAUUAUCUGUGGUCUGAUGCUCUGCGAUCUUCAGAACAAAACAAGCAUCUUAUGUUUCCGACCGUCUCUGAAGGCAACAGCUGCCCACUCAUAAACAUUUUGGGCGGCACUGAUUGGUCAAAGUUGAACCGUGUCAACGUGAUGCGUCUUCAUACUCCCACUUACUACUUGACUUGACAGCUCGACAACAUUGCGCUCGCCGGAGCAGUCUCACCUGGCUCCAACUUUUGUCUCGCACACUCGGAGUUCACGUUCCGUUUAUUUAUUUAUUUUUCUUGCAUGAGACCUGGAAGAAAGAUGGCCUCACGGGAAGACUUGGGUUGCAGCAAUUCGUCCGAGGAGGACAGUAACCGCGCGGCCUUGGCAGAGGGAACAGCGGAGGAGAAGAAGACGACGACAUCUCCGGCAGCGGUGCGUCGGCAUCACCCGUUCAGCGUGGAGGCGCUCAUGGCCGGGAGAAAGACGAACAGCCGCGGCGGAGAGUCCACCUGCUGUAAACCUGCAGAGGGAGGUCCCGUGGCGGUGUCCCCUGCGGGUUUAAACUCUCUGUAUAUAUGUCGAGAUGCGUGCAGCCCUCCCGAGGGGAGCCGAAUGAGCUUGACGACUGCGCCUUCGUCGCCGGUAAAAUCCGAGGCAUCUGAGUCAGAGGACUGCGCACCCUGGGUCACCAACAGUUCGUUUUCCACACAGCCUCGUCACAUCAGUCCUGCCUGUCAGUUGAGGAAACACAAGACCAACCGAAAGCCCCGCACGCCAUUCACCACGUCCCAGCUCCUGGCCCUGGAGAGGAAGUUCAGGCAGAAGCAGUACCUGUCCAUCGCUGAGCGGGCCGAGUUCUCCUCCUCCCUGACCCUGACGGAGACCCAGGUGAAGAUUUGGUUCCAGAAUCGCCGGGCGAAAGCCAAGAGGCUCCAGGAGGCCGAACUGGAGAAACUCAAGAUGGCCGCUGACGCCAAGACGGCGGCGGUGGCGGCUGCCGCUGCUGGAGCUUUACACCCUGGCUUUACGUUACCGCUGUCGCUGGGGGCCGUGUCGCUGUAUGGACAGUCGUACUCUGCCUACCACAACCACCACCAUAGACCCAUACUGCCCAUAUCACCUUUAGGACUGUACGCCGCUCCACUGGGCUACAGCAUGUACCACUUAUCAUAAAAAUGGAAAUAUCUUUUGACUUUGGUGAAAUGUGCUUCAGUGCAUUUCCCUGGAUUCCCAAAAAUGACCACAAAGGAUGUGUGGCUGACAUUUUAAAAAUCAGUGUUUAUAAAAUAUCUGCUGCACAAGGAGUGCUUGAAAAUCAACUUUAUGAGCACUUCAAGUCAAAUUAGAAAAUCUAUUUUUUCCCACAGCGGGAAGUGUCCUCUUGCCCCUUUGGACUGCCUGUUUACAUGACUUAUCUAUAGGAGGAGGGGUGUGACUGUCCAGCUUUUUAUACUCUCCACUUGUUUACUCCUGCAAUAAUUGAGCUGGGCGAGCACUUGCACUGGGCACAAGAACACAGACUACAACUUUUCACUACAGCCUUAAAAAACAAACAAACAAACAAAAACUCAUCAGAUACAGUGCCUCGAGUCGAAAAGGGCCUUAAUAUCUGACACUUUGUAGACUUAUACGGAUGAAUGAGUGUGUCAGCAGCUCAGGCCAAAUGAAACAUAUCACUGAAGCAUUCUUUUAAUUCUGCCAAGAGUGUCUGCCUUGAACAACUGUCAAAUUCAGGUUUGUGGUGUUGUCGAGACAGCAAGGUUUAACUCUCAGUUUACUCAUCACAAUGAAAACUUUACACCACUGUUCAUGUUCUGUGUCUCGUAGCAAUAAAAACAUUUUCAACUC